AUGCCUCGGGGCCUGAAGAGUAAGCUUCGUGCCCGUGAAAAACGCCGCCAGGCUCGAGAAGAACCCAGUGGUCUGGUAGAAGCUCAGGCUGCUGCACUAGAGGAGGAAGAGUCUGCUUCUUCCCCUUCUGCUCAUUUCAAAGAUGUUCCCCAGAGCUCACCUACCACCGGAACACCUAGCAGUCUUCAAGUAUCUGCGAGAGUCCGCUCUGCCACCAUGACCGCUGCAGGUGUUUCAAACACAAGAUUUAAUGAAGGUGCCACCAAUCAAAGGGAAGAAAGAGCAAAUGCCGUACAGGCCCAAGAUGCCCUUGAGCACUGGCCCAAAGGCCCCAUAGACAAGAAGGUUGCUAUGUUAGUGCAUUACCUUCUGUAUAAGUAUCAAAUGAAAGAGCCCGUUACCAAGGCAGAUAUGCUGAGAAAUGUAAUCCAGAUGUAUAAGAAUCACUUCUAUGAGAUUCUUAGAAAAGCCUCUGAUCAUUUGGAGCUGGUUUUUGGCCUUGAUGUGAAGGAAGUGGAUCCCAACAGGAAUACUUAUGUCCUUGUCAACAAACUGGAAUUAAGCUAUGAUUCAAAGCUGAGUGAUGAUAGAGAGGUUCCCAAGACCGGUCUGCUGAUGACUGUUCUGGGUGUGAUCUUCACAAAGGGCAACCGUGCCACUGAAGAGCAAGUAUGGGAAGUGCUGAAUAUGAUGGGGUUAUAUGCCGGGAGGAAUAACUUCAUCUAUGGGGAGCCCAGGAAGCUCAUCACCAAAGAUUUGGUGCAGGAAAAUUACCUAGAGUACCGCCAGGUGCCUGAUAGUGAUCCUCCUCGCUAUGAGUUCCUGUGGGGCCCAAGAGCCCACGCUGAAACGAGCAAGAUGAAAGUUCUCGAGUUUGUGGCCAAGAUCCAUGAUACGGUCCCCACUGCUUUCCCCACCUGGUAUGAGGAGGCUCUGAGAGAUGAGGAAGAGAGAGCCCGAGCCAGAGCUGCAGCCAGGGCUCGCACUGCUGCCAUAGCCAGUGCACGCUCCAAGGCCAUAGCCAGCAGCUUUUCUGGCCCUAAGUGA